AUGCCGUUGGACUCUGUCGAGUGGCUGCGGCGGCUCAUCGCUUUCGACACGACAAGCCGGAACUCAAAUCUCGAACUGAUCGCAUGCAUCCGCGCAUAUCUGGUGGAUGAGUGCGGCCUGGAAAAGGUGGUGGUGCAAAGGGCCGCCGAUGACGUCCACGCAAACCUGUGGGCGACUCUGCCAGGUGAAGGCGGCGUGACGGAGGGCGGCAUUAUUCUCUCCGGCCACACCGACGUGGUCCCGGUGGACGGGCAGAAGUGGGACAGCGAUCCGUUUACGCUGACGGAGCGGGAUGGGAAACUGUACGGUCGCGGCACGUGUGACAUGAAGGGAUUCAUUGCCGUGUGCAUGUCUAUGACCCCUGAGCUUCUCAAGAUGAAGCGCGCGAAACCGAUCCACUUUGCCUGGACAUACAAUGAAGAGACGGACUUUGCGGGCAUUCGACAGCUGGUGGCAGACGCCGGCAUCCCUGUUGGCGCUGCGGCGGGCUGCAUUAUUGGCGAGCCCACGGACUUUAAUUUUGUCGUUGGUCACAAGGGCAUCAGGAGCAGCAUUGUACAUCUGCGGGGCAAGGCGAUGCACUCAUCAUUGGUUCCAUAUGCCUGCAACGCCAUUGAGCAUGGCGCCGAAAUUGUGCGAUUUCUGCGCGAUCUUGGACGAGAGUUUCGUGACAGCGGUCCCUUUGAGAGGGAAUACGAUGUGCCUUACACCACCGUGUGUCCCGCCAUGGUUGAGGGCGGCAAUGCAAGAAAUACGGUACCGGCUGAUUGCUACAUCACGUACGAAUUCCGCAACAUUCCCGGCCAUUCCGGGAAGGAGAUUCAGAAACGCAUUGAUGACUUUGUUGCUGCGACGGCACAGAAGAUGAAGGAGGAGGACGGCAGCUGUGGCACAGAGUCUAGUUGUCUGGAUGAGCAGGAGGCCUUCAAGGGGCGCAGCGACAGUCGCGUCUGUGAGGCACUAAAAGCCGCCAGCGAGGAGUCGUGCAAGAUGGUACUGGCACCCUUUUGCACAGAGGCCCCCAACUACCAAAUGUGCGGGGUGGACACCAUCGUGUGGGGGCCCGGCGGCCUCUGCGCGCAUCAGCCGAACGAGUUUGUGGAGGCGGCAGACUUGAAGAAGACAGAACGCAUUCUUUUAAGGGCGCUGGCUCAAUUAACGGGCUCGGCAGUCGGUAGCCGGUUAUGA